CCAAAAACGAAAUGUCGAUUUUUACAAGAUGCAAAACGGAUUUCACGAGUGCAAGAAAGUCUUAGAACGUUUCAUAUUUGGAACCGCUCCAUGACGAGCAGCUUUAAGAAAUCUAUGAAUUAACCAGAAUAGACACCUUUUCCUUUUGAUCUCAGCUCUAAUAAAUUUUCAGUUUAGUUCUUUCUUCGUCUAGGGUUCGUUUCGAUCGUUCUAAUUCUCAAUAUAAUCAAGGAGAUCCACUCCAGAAGUCAGGUUCAGUCUUUAACCGUUUAAAACCCUUAAAAUGUCCGCAUCUACCGUUUCCAUCACCGCGAAUCAAGGGCCCACAACUCGCCGCCGAGCAGCCGAGAAGAAUAUUUCGGCCGCCGAUUCAGGUCUCGCGGCGGCCACCAUCGUCACUGAGUCUGAGAAUAGAGACGCUCGACCCACUGCUGGUGACACUGCUGUCGCGAUUCUCAGGGAUGCAAGGAAAGUCCAGACCCAUAUCCCGACGAGAAAGUCCGCACCAUCCAGGAAGCCUGCAAAGCCGCGAUGGCUCACAGUGAUCAGCAUUCUCACAAAGAAUCUGGCUUUGCUAGUAGUUAUACUGGGUUUUGUUCAGAUGACUAGGUGGGUGGUCUUGAAUUCCGGUCCUGAUGCUCAGGAUAUAUUGGCAAUUUCUGGGGAUUUCGAGGGGAAGUUGUCGGAGAUGGAGAAGUUUGUUAGGACGACAGUGAAGGGGAUGCAGGUUCAGUUGAACGUGUAUGAUCAGAAGUUUGAGGAUGGGCUCGGAUCGGUUAGGAAGGAGUUUGAUGAGAAAAUCGAGAAGAACAGGAAUGAGCUUGACAUAAAAUUAAAUGCUCUUGGUGCACGGAAUGAUGUUUUUGAGAAGUUUAUGGAUGGUUUUCGAAACAAAAAUUUGCUAUUGAAGGAAGAAAUUGGUGAAUUUUAUGAGGAAUUCCUAAAAGCCCGAAAAAUUGGCGGCGCUGGUGGUCUUGGUAAGGUUAGUUUGGAUGAGCUAAAGAAUUAUGCACAGGAGAUUGUGGCAAAGGAAAUUGGAAGGCAUGCAGCUGAUGGGUUGGGAAUGGUGGAUUAUGCAUUGGCAUCUGCAGGAGGAAGGGUGGUGAGGCACUCUGAGCCAUAUGGUGGUUUGAGACUAAGUGCAACUGCAAGUUGGUUAAUGAAUCGUAAUAGGGUGAGUGCAGAAGCUGAGAAGAUGAUUCGGCCAAGCUUUGGAGAGCCUGGGCAGUGUUUUCCUCUUAAAGGGCAGAAUGGAUUUGUCAGUAUAAGACUCAGGACCGCCAUUGUACCUGAAGCAGUGACACUUGAACAUGUUGCUAAGAGUGUGGCCUAUGAUAGAUCCAGUGCUCCCAAGCUCUGCAGAGUAUCUGGAUGGAUGCAAGGGCAAGAGUUGUCUGAUUUGGAAGUUCAAAGUGCAAAGAUGUUUCCUUUGGCCGAAUUCACCUAUGAUCUCGAGAAGAGCAACAUCCAGACUUUUAAAGUGAAGAUAGCAGACUCCAAUCUUGUCGACACUAUCAGGCUUGAUGUUACAUCUAAUCACGGGAGUGCUUCUCAUACAUGCAUUUACCGACUGAGAGUGCAUGGUCGUGAAAUGAGCCCAAACCAAGCUUUGGAAAUGCGAGCUUGAAUGGAGCCCUUAGCUCAUCUUUAUGUGCUUCUUGCUAGCUAUGUUAGUUCCUCUUAAUGGCCCUUUUUUUUUAUUAAAUUUUUAAUUUUUAAUUUUUACUUUUCGUUGCUUACCUUUGUGAAAACCCUGGAAUGUAAGAUUGAUGUAGACGUUUAGGGCUUUAUUGGUACUCUGUGUGUCAUCUUUCUGGUAAUUUAUAUUCUUGACGUGUAUUUCUGCUUGAUUUGCCUUUGUGAAUUUGCAUGAAAAUUAUUUGCCGCUCAGGUAAAAUCAUGCGUUUGUGAUUCCACAAUGUAUCACCCCUGAUCUUGUAAUGAUCUAUCAUGGUGGAUUGAUUGGGAAAGGUGCUUUAUGUUGUUCUAC